AUGCAAUUCUCCCUCUUCCUCUUCGCUGCUACAUUCACGCUCUUUCUCACUGGUAUAGAGACCGCAAGGAGAGCACAGACGACCCUCACCGAUGGGACACAGACGAAGGACGUAUGGGGAAAAGUUGCCGGCAUGUCCUACGUGUCCUCCGGGAUACUUAUCGAAGGAUGUCCUUCGAGUAUCAAGAUCGACGACUGCAUAACCCUGCAAGAAACAAGCGACCCGACCAAGAUGCUCGAUAACGGCGCGCCCAAGCAGAGGAUCGAGUUUUACGACGCGAAAGAGAAGGACGGGGUCACGGCGACGUACAAUUGGAAGUACUAUUUGUCUUCCAAAACUGUUAUGUCGUAUCUCCUACAUUUUACUUGCACCACGAACAACUUCUUCUUCCUCAUGCAACUCUACACGGACAGCCUCGGAGAACCGGUCGUUGAUCUCAGCGCUAUCAAGGACAAAGUAUUUAUCAAGGAUGUUCUGAAUAAAGGCCUUUGCCCCAAGUCCGGCUGCCCAUCUGUCGCCCUGGGGGAUCAUACGGACAGAGUCACGCAACACUCCAUGACGGUGACGUUUGGAGUCAAUGGGAAGAUGGCGUAUAAAUCACGGAUGCUGAUACGGGAAAGACUGUGA